UUUCUGCCCGGAACCGGUCCGAAUUGUUCCCCUUUUCCCGAGCGUUGUUUUCUGUGACCGCUGUGAAGCCUUCGUUGCUGCUGGAACGCCUGCUCGCCUGGCCUGGGAACGAACCGUGCUGUCCGUACCGAGUUAGAGAUCUCUACCGUGGAGGCCAUGUUUGCCCUGAACGAGACGUCUGAGGCGGCGGAGGGCGCGAUGCUGAUGCCCAUGGCGCGCACCGCCGGCGAGAUGCCGAAGCUGCUCGGCUGGAACCUGCCGGCCGACGAGCAGUACCUGGUCCACGACCACUGGAGAGGCUUUCCGGCACCGCCGUACUACAUGCACCUGAUGCUGGCCAUGAUCUACUUCGUGCUGAUGAACACCUCGAUCAUCGGCAACGGCAUCGUGCUGUGGAUCUUCGGGACCUCCAAGUCGCUGCGCAACGGGUCGAACAUGUUCAUCAUCAACCUGGCCAUCUUCGAUCUGCUGAUGAUGUUCGAGAUGCCGAUGUUCCUGGUGAACUCGUUCUCCGAGCGGCUGGUCGGCUACGGCAUCGGCUGCUCGGUGUACGCCGCCUUCGGCAGCCUGUCCGGCAUCGGCGGGGCCAUCUCGAACGCGGUGAUCGCCUUCGACCGCUACCGGACCAUCUCCAACCCGCUCGACGGGCGGCUGAGCCGGGUGCAGGCCGGCCUGCUCAUCUGCCUCACCUGGCUGUGGGCGAUGCCGUUCACGGUGCUGCCCCUGUUCGAGAUCUGGGGCCGGUACAUUCCCGAGGGCUACCUGACCACCUGCUCGUUCGACUACCUCACCGACGACCAGGAUACGCGCGUGUUCGUCGGCUGCAUCUUCACCUGGGCGUACGUCAUCCCGAUGCUGACCAUCUGCUACUUCUACGCGCGCCUCUUCGGCCACGUCCGCCAGCACGAGCAGAUGCUGAAGGCCCAGGCGCGCAAGAUGAACGUCGAGUCGCUGACGGCGAACCGGAACGAGAAGGCGCAGGCGGUCGAGAUGCGCAUCGCCAAGGCGGCGUUCACCAUCUUCUUCCUGUUCGUGUGCGCCUGGACGCCGUACGCCAUCGUCGCCAUGAUCGGUGCCUUCGGCGAUAGGACCCUGCUGACACCAUUCGUGACGAUGGUCCCAGCGUUGUGCUGCAAGAUCGUGUCCUGCCUCGACCCGUGGGUUUACGCCAUCAGCCACCCGAAGUACCGCCAGGAGCUGGAGCGUCGGCUGCCCUGGAUGGGCAUUAAGGAGGCGGACGACAGUGCCAGCACGACCGACAGCAAGCAGACGGUGGUUUCCGAUCAGCAGCAGCAGCAGGAGGGAAACUAAACGAUAGAAAAAGGACUUGACCCUCGCUAGACGAAUAGACGGACCACGACAAACGGAACCCUAGGUUUAAGGAUAUCACGCAAAUUCAGAGCACGUUUAAACAGAGCAAAUGAUAAAAUGUCGCCGAGGUUUGCCAACGCCCAAGCUGGAGUGUUGCAAACAAAGGUACGCAAAAAUAAACUGCAUUGAUUAAAUAGAACUCACCAGCGUUGUUUGCUUAA